AGGCUUCUUUCUCAUUCUGAAGACAAUUUUUGUCGGCCUUGAUUUGAUUAUGGGAGCGUUAGAAUGGGAGCAUGAACCAGAGAGAUUGGCAACAGAGAGACGAAGAAGACGAAAGAAAUAAAAGAGAACCCUGUCUCGUCUGAGAGGGUUGGACAGGAGAGAUGGGCGGCUGGGCAAUUGCCGUGCACGGCGGAGCCGGAGUAGACCCUAAACUUCCCUUGGAGCGCCAACAACAGGCCAAGGCUCUCCUCACUCGCUGCCUCAAUCUCGGCAUCUCCGCCCUCCGGUCCUCCCUCCCGGCUAUCGACGUCGUCGAGCUCGUCGUUAGAGAAUUGGAAACGGAUCCACUGUUCAACUCCGGCCGCGGAUCUGCUCUGACGGAGAAAGGGACGGUGGAGAUGGAGGCCAGCAUCAUGGACGGGAACGGCAGGCGAUGCGGCGCCGUUUCAGGGAUCACAACAGUGAAGAACCCCAUCUCCCUCGCCCGCCUCGUCAUGGACAAGUCUCCUCACUCUUAUUUGGCCUUCUCCGGCGCCGAGGAGUUCGCCAAGCAACAGGGAGUCGAAAUGGUCGGCAACGACUACUUCGUCACCGAGGACAACGUCGGAAUGUUGAAGCUCGCAAAGGAAGCCAAAGCCAUUCUGUUCGAUUACCGGAUUCCGCUUGAAUCGACGUGCGGAGCGGCGGCGGAGAGCCCGAUUCAGAUGAACGGGCUUCCGAUAAGCAUAUACGCGCCGGAGACGGUGGGGUGCGUGGUGGUGGACGGCGAGGGGAGGUGCGCCGCCGCGACGUCGACCGGCGGGCUGAUGAACAAGAUGACCGGGAGGAUCGGCGACUCCCCGAUCAUCGGGGCCGGGACCUACGCGUGCGAGGUGUGCGGAGUGUCGUGCACCGGGGAAGGGGAGGCCAUCCUGCGUGGGACCCUUGCGCGUGACGUGGCGGCGCUAAUGGAGUACAAGGGAUUGGGCCUCCAGGAAGCGGUGGAUCACGUGGUCCAGAAGAGGCUGGACCAAGGGAAGGCGGGCCUUAUAGCUGUGUCCAAUAAGGGGGAAGUGGCCUAUGGGUUUAACUGUGUUGGGAUGUUUAGGGGUUGUGCCACUGAAGAUGGGUUCAUGGAAGUUGGCAUUUGGAACUGAAUAAAUUUUCUCAUAUUUAUUUUUUUGGGUGUCUUUUGUAAUUUUCCUUUGUUGGUGGGUUUUGAAUAAACUUAAACUUGUCCUCAAUAUAAAAUAAAAUUACUUUUGUUGUGCCUUUGUUUGUUUUUAAAAAUCCAGACUCAUCAGUUCCUCCGCUGGCCGCUAACGGAACUCAAAGCUGUCCUUCGCAUCUUCCCGAUUGCGAUUCCUCUUUUAAUAUGGAAAAUAAGCCUUCUUCCUUUGCCGAUUAACUCCUCAAUUUCUUCUUUUUUGAAUUAGAAAAAGAGGUUGAAGGCUGGCUAUGGCUCAUCAUUCAUCAAAGAUAUCUAAGAUUUGAAUUUCCUCUCUUCAUCCAUUUUUGUCUACUGUAGUGUUGCACACUCUAUUUUCUUAUCCCACGUUUUAUUGUUUCUUCAAAAAUUUAAUUCUAAUAUGACUCCUAAAAUAAGAAAAUAUGAAGCUUUUGUUUCAAACAAUGUUAGAAGAAUAGCUCUUUUUAAAUAGUUUGUAUAAUUCAAAGUGUAAGAAAAUUGUUGUGAUAUG